AUGGUAGCCAGCCUUGAGCUCAUCGGCGCGGAAUAUGCACCGUAUCAAUGUCACCAAGACUGCAAGGCUCAGGAAGGAAAAGUAUAUCCUCUGUCGUGGACUGAUCUGGCCUGGCUUGGCCGACCGAAACAGGCGAACCAGGUAGUCGCCAAACAGGCCGCAGAACGCAAACAGCGUGACGAUUUGGAAGAUGAGGCCCGCCAUGGCAAUGUUGACGCCCGUCUCAUCGUCACCGGACGAAGCAGCAGACAAGCUCCCGCCCACGCCUUGCAGCGUAAGCGAGAUGAUGUCGCAGGGAAGGAAGAUCCAGAGGAAGUACUUGGUAGGGAACCUGGCCAGUGA